AUGGUGCAGGAGGGGCCCGGCGUCGAGCGGUCGACCUUUCUCGAGUACGUCGCGUGCAACACGGACAUACAGGUGUUUGUGACGGCGGGGAUGGGGGGGGGGACGGGCUCUGGCGCCGCGCCGGUGAUCGCGGAGCUGGCGAAGCAGUGCGGCUGUCUGACGGUCGGCAUCGUGACCAAGCCCUUCCUGUUCGAGGGGCGGCGGCGCAUGAGCCAGGCGGAGCACGUCGACAUCCUCAUCGUCGUCUCGAACGACAAGCUCCUCGAGAUCGUGCCCGAGGGAGUCCCGCUGCAGGAGGCCUUCUCGCUAGCCGACGAGAUCCUGCGCCAAGGCAUCACGGGCAUCUCCGACAUCGUCGUCAAGCCCGGCCUGAUCAACGUCGACUUCGCAGACAACGCGGGGCCGGCGCUCAUGGGCAUCGGGCGCGGCUUCGGAAAGACGCGCGGCCGCGACGCCGCCCUCGCCGCCGUCUCCUCUCCGCUGCUCGACUUCCCGAUCGAGAAGGCGCGCGGCGUUGUCUUCACCAUCACCGGCAACAGCGACAUGUCGCUGCAGGAGGUCAACGACGUCGCGUCGGUCAUCUCGUCCAUCGUCGCGCCGGACGCAAACAUCAUCUUCGGCACCUCCGUCGACCGACGGGACGAGUCGUGCGGCGACGAGAUCAUUCAUUAUCAUGCGAAUUUGUGUUAA